AUGGAACACAAAAGUCAGCUCUCGUUGCUUCUCCAUAUCGUGGCUAUUUUGCCAUUCGUGCAGGUCGUGUUGGGAGGCACAGCUCUGGGGCAAACACCACAGAUGGGCUGGAAUUCAUGGAACGCAUUCAAGGCGACGGUUAAUUACACGGUGGUUCAAGAAGUCAUUGAUCUGUUUGAGUCACUUGGACUCAAGAAAGCCGGUUAUAAUUAUGUGCUCCUCGAUGAUGGGUGGUCAAGCUUCAAUCGUACCACCGACGGCUAUCUUCAGGCUAAUGCAACUUCCUUUCCCCAAGGAAUUGAGGCACUGGCUAAGGAGUUGCACGGUCAAGGCUUGAAGCUAGGUCUCUAUGGUGACAGUGGACAUUAUACGUGUGCGUGGAGACCUGGAAGCUGGGGUUAUGAGGAGAGAGAUGCCCAAACAUUUGCGAGUUGGGGCGUGGACUACCUCAAAUACGACAACUGUGGAGGAUUUCAAUCUAUGACGGAGGCUCCACAAAUCCGAUUCGGUGCUAUGAAGAACGCCCUUGCACUAUCGGGUCGGGACAUCUUCUAUUCGGUGUGUGAAUGGGGUUAUCAAUUCCCGUGGCACUGGGGAGGAGGUAUCGGCCAUUCCUAUCGUAUGUCUGGCGAUAUCACGACAAGUUUCACGAAUGAAACCUCGUGCCAGUGCAAGACUGCCUACUGUCUGAAUACUGGGUAUGCUGGUUGCUCUGUCCUGACUAUCAUCAACAAGAUGAAAGAGAUCAGUCAAUAUCAGACUCGGGGCCAUUGGCUGGAUAUGGACAUGCUCGAGAUAGGAAAUGCCAAUUUUACGCUGAACCAGCAACAAACACACUUUGCGUUCUGGGCAGCGCUAAAAUCCCCUUUGAUCAUUGGGGCCGACCUCAGCAAACUAUCCAAUGACAGUGUGGCGGUUCUCACGAAUCAAGCAAUAAUUGCUCUCAACCAGGACGUGUUAGGGGAACCUGUUAUCUAUCGGGAGGAGUUCAGCAAGGAAGGCCUCUUCCAGGUAUGGACUGGAAAAGUUCAGGGCGGUUUUGUUAUUCUUCUACUUAAUGAGAAGAGUUACCCGCAGACUGUGUCUCUUGUCUUAUCAGAUCUGGGACUUGGCUCUCCUAAGAAAGUUGUUGAGCUCUGGUCUGAUGAAAAGUUGACAAAUUGCACCAAGUUCGAUGGGAUAUUGGAGUCUUAUCAAACUCUGGUUUUCAAAGUUCAGACUUGA